UAACCAAAAUUUCAUUUGGUUAUUCGCAGAUCUAAGUUUGGAAGAUUAAUAAGAUGUCCGAAGAAAAAGUUGAUACAAAGUGCAGCGAAGCAAGCUCAAAAAUAGUUGAAUUUAAAACUCUAGAAGAAUUUAGGAAGUAUGGUUUUAAGGCAAUUGUAGAAGCAACUAGGAAUUCUAAUGCACUACCAGUAAACCGUGAUUAUAAUUUCUAUAAAACACAUGAAUCUUUCAAUAAAAUCAUAAACAGUGAAGCUUCACAUAUCUUGUCAACAAUAAACACCAUACUCAAGAAAAAUGAUAUUCAGGAUAACAUUAAAAAUAGGGGUAUUGAUGAGAAAAUCGAGUUGGUGGUUGAAGCCAAUGAUGCUAUAUUGGAGAGAGUUGCAAUGAAAAUUGAUGAGAUGAAUGGACUAAGGAAACUGCCUGAGCAACCAAUUAUACAAACAGUGCGGGCAGAGUUACCAAUCAAUGGCUCUUGGAAUAGAGUGAAUAAAUUUACCGUAGAUUCAGCAAUACAUGGAAAUGAUCAGACAAAAGCAAUUCAACUUUUGGCUGCAAAAAAUAUUAUAAGGCCUCAGAAGUUCUUCAAAGACAUUAUUGAGAACAGUAAUAAUUACCCAUGGAAACCAAGAAUUACAGAGAAACCUAAUUCACUAAAACCUUUGGCUUUGUACAUUGAAGAUUCUGAGUUUGGAGAGAUUUAUUCUCAUCCAUAUGAGGUGGAAUUAGAAAAGUUUUUACCCUCAGAAGAAUUUGUAUGCUCUUGUACACCUGAACCACCUAAACCUGUCAAAGAGACUCCAUUAUAUGAAGUAAAUACUGAAGAAGAACUAAAUGAAUUAUUGGAUGUCUUGAGGAAACAGAAAGAGAUUGCAGUGGAUUUAGAGCAUCAUUCAUAUAGAUCAUUUAUGGGUAUCACCUGUUUAAUGCAAAUUAGUACAAAGGAUGCUGAUUAUCUAAUUGAUACGUUGGCUUUGCGAGAUAAGUUGCAUGUAUUAAAUGAAAUUUUUACGAGGAAUAGCAUUGUCAAAAUUUUCCACGGCGCAGAAAUGGACGUGCAAUGGCUUCAAAGGGAUUUGUCCCUGUACGUUGUCAAUAUGUUCGACACCCAUAAAGCAGCUAAGCAAUUGGGAUAUUCCGGAUUAUCUCUGGCUUACUUGUUGCAAAGAUUUUGUUCUUUUGUACCUAAUAAACAAUUCCAGUUAGCUGAUUGGAGGAUAAGACCAUUACUCGAGCAAUUGAAAGCGUAUGCCCGCGAGGACACCCAUUAUUUGAUAUACAUCUACCAUAUGCUUAAAAAUGAAUUAAUUAAAAUGGGAAAUGGGAAUAAUAACAUUUUAAAAGCGGUAUUUCAAGAGAGUACACGCGUGUGUAUGAAGCGUUACGUAAAACCUAGAUUGACGGAGAAUUCUCAUAUGGAUAUGUACGUAAAAAGCAAGCGAUUAUUUAAUAAUAAGCAGUUAUUUGCAUUGAAGCAUUUAUAUUCAUGGAGAGAUGCAAUGGCCAGAGAAGAGGAUGAGAGUACAGGAUACAUUUUGCCUAAUCACAUGUUAUUGCAAAUAUCAGAAACGUUACCAAGAGAGGUGCAAGGAAUAUUAGCUUGUUGCAAUCCAAUUCCACCUUUGGUUCGUGCCAAUGCAGUGGAAUUACAUCAGAUUAUUUUGAAGGCGAGAGAGCAACAACUAGAAAAGGCUAUUAUGAAAGAAGAUACGAGAAGCAGAGGCGCUGAAAAGGAAUUAGUAAAAUUGAAUAUUGAUAGCCCUUUGCAUUGCCCUCACGAUUUAACCAGAUUCCCAGAGUUCAGAGAUGAUUUGCCAACAUUGUUAGGUUGCAAGACACAUACCAAUCGUUAUCAAAAAAAUAUAAUAGAAAAGGAUAAAUCGUUGUGCUCAAUAUUUAAUUGCGAACCAACGGAAGAUAAGCCGAAAAAAGUUUCGGAUCGAGAAUUUUUGGGUCCGUACGAGCGUUACAAGUUAAUUAAAAACUUUAUAAUAGAUUCAGAUAAAUCUGAGGAGAUACCGGAGGCGAAAGGAAAAGAAAUUGCGGAAAACGACGAAGAUGAUUUAUCAGUUCAAGAUAGGAUGGCUAAGUUGCACGAUCAUUAUGUGAAAGUUAAGAGAAUUGAAGAGAAGAAAAAUGAACCGAAAACGUUAACUGAAAUGGGUGGAUCCAAGAAACGCAAACGGGAUAUAUGUGAAUCUGAUUUUCAACCAUUCCAAGAAAAUUCAGAUAAUCCCAUUCUUACAACAAUUCCGUUUGACAAAAAAAACGUGCAGGUUGACAAUGAUGAGCAAAAGGUACAUACAAGUGUAAACUCGAAACGAAAAUGCAAUUUACCGGAAAGUAAUAAUACACCGUAUAAAAAGAGUAGAGACAACGAUAACGAAAAGACAAUAGGAGGUGGAAAGCAAUCUAAUAAAAAUCACAAGCAACAUCAGAACAGGAAAUUCCAGAAAGCAGACGAUAGAAGUAAUCAACAUAUUGAGGAUAAAAAUAAUGACAAACAGUCGCCCAACGAUUGGUGGAAGUCCAAGACCCGGAAACCAAAUCAAAGCCAUAAUCAAUUUCCCUCUGGCAAAAUCAAUGAGGGAUUCAAAGCAUUUGAUUAUUCAAGCAUCGAUUAUAAAAAACAGUUUCAAGGUGGUGCCAGUCAAAAAGGACAACAUUUGUUUGGCACUUCUUUCACUGGAGGGAAAAAGAAGGCUUCCCAUAGAGGAGGAUCGUCUAAACGUGGAAGAGGAAAAUAAUCACAUAUUAUAUUUUUAUUUGUUUCAUUAACAUUAAUGAAUUAUAUAUUAUACUAUAAUUAUUGUUUAAAAUAUUUAAUUCUAUAUAAUUUCAUGUUUAUAAGUUAUAUAUUUCCUCUAAAUCCAACUCCCCUAUUAUAACAAUCUACUUUACAAACAGGUAUUUUAAUUUAAAUUAGUUUAAAUAGAAUACUUCUACGUGGCCAUUUUCAUGAGCAAGAGGGAAUAUUAUAGAUAAAAAUAUUGUAGUCAGUAUUCAGUUAACAUUCAGGAUUUAUUAAAAUAUCUGCACCAUAAAUAAAUGCAUGCAUGCGAUUUUUGGUAUACAUCUGUAACCGAACAAAUGUAAUUUUCCGUCGAACUUCAACCAUAUUUCCGUCGGAAAAGUAAUUAUGAGCAAAAAAAAAAGCAUGAAUCAAUUCAACGUGUAUUAUUAUUUUUAAAAUGGUUAUCAGAACUACAAAUUAGUUUCAUAGUAAAGUGGUUGAUAUUUUUUUUACAAAUUAGUUAUGCAGGAAAAGUUUCUAUAUACUAAUCACAUGAACGUCAGGAUUUUGAGAAGGUUUUUAUUGCAACAAACUUG